CGGUCACCGUGGCGAGGGCAGCCCCGCCGAGCGUUAGUCACAGUUGUUGCCUGCCUACCAUGCGGCUCUAACUCGAUCCGUGCAGCAGACGCCGAGUCGCGGCAAGGAGUAGCUAGGAACUAGGAAGGAGGAGGCAGGGAAAGGCCAGGCCAUGGCGCUCGAAGCUGUGGUGUUCCCGAAGGAGCACCCGGGGUGUACGGCGGUCAAGGCGCGCCCGGCGUCGCUGGGCUGCGGCUUCCACACCGAGGAGCUCGAGGUCGAGGACAAGGGCGGCGUGGUUCUGCAAGGAGAGGCCGCCGACGCGCUGCCGCCGCCCGGUGGUGCCGCCACCACGUGGGACUGGGACGCGGUGCUCUGCCCGUGCUCCACUGCACCAGCUGCAGGCGCCGUGGAGGAGUGCUGGGACGUGCAGCAGCAGCAGCAUCAGCUCCUGUCCGUGUCCCCGCCGCCCUCGUCCGCCGUCGCAGCGUCGUCGUCUGGGCGCCGCAAGGCUGCCGCGUCGGAGGCGGCGCGGCGACGGCGGCGACGCCCCAAGGCGGUGAGGAACACGGACGAGAUGGAGAGCCAGCGCCGCAACCACAUUGCCGUGGAGCGCAACCGGCGGCGGCAGAUGAACGAGUACCUCUCCGUGCUCCGCUCCGCCAUGCCGCCUUCCUACACGCAGCGGGGUGACCAGGCGUCGAUCGUGGCUGGUGCCAUCAACUUCGUCAAGGAGCUGGAGCAGCUGCUGCAGUCGCUGGAGGCGCAGAAGCGGUGCACCGAGCCACCGGCGCCGGCGCCGUUCGCCGGCUUCUUCAUCUUCCCUCAGUACUCCACCACCGCCGCGACGGGUGGUGCGGUUGGCUCUAGUAGCGACAGCGCUGGCUCCGGCGGCGAUCAGAGUGGCGGCGGCGGCGGCUGCGCGGGAGCGCGGCGAGGCGUGGCCGACAUCGAGGUGUCCCUGGCGGAGAGCCACGCCAACGUGAAGGUGCUCGCGGCGCGGCGGCCGCGGCAGCUGCUGAGGAUGGUGGUGGCGCUGCAGUGCCUCGGCCUCACCGUGCUCCACCUCAACGUGACCACCACCGCCGACCACCUGGCCUUGUACUCCCUCAGCCUCAAGAUGGAGGACGAGUGCCGGCUGUCGCCGUCGGUCGACGACAUCGCCGCCGCGGUGAACGAGAUACUCGCCGAUAUCUCCGACGAGUGCGCCCGCGGGGGGCCAGGCCACUGAUGAUUAGCCGCUUAGCCUAAUAUGUUAGCGAGUGCCAUGUAUUGUUGUGACGUACGUCGAUUUGAUCCUAGUACACGGAUAACACUGGCAAGCUAGCGUGGCAGCUCGCUCGCGCCACUGUCAGGCAGGCGGUACCACUACCACUCCAUAUGUUUGCGUGCAAGUAAACAUGUACCGAUUGGACC